AUGGAAUCAACUUUAUUAUUUCGUAAUUUAAUAGAAAGGCAAGCAGAAGAAUUUGAAAAAUUUGGUAAACAUAUGAAUUUAGAAUUACAAUCAUUUUAUCACGAAUUUAUUAAAAAAUCAUCCAAUAAAGAUAAUAAUUUCUAUAAAGAUAAUAAUAAUUCCACUUCCACCAAUAAAGAUGAUAUCCACAAUAAAAAUAAUAGUUCUAAUAAAGAUGAUGUCCCCAAUAAAGAUGACGUCCCCAAUAAAGUUGAUAUCCCCAAUAAAGAUGAUAUCCCUAAUAAAGUUGACAUCCCCAAUAAAGUUGAUAUCCCCAAUAAUAGUUUCAAUAAAGAUGAUAAUGGAAUCAUUGAAUUUAUUGAAUGUGAAUGUAAAAAAAAGAUUGAAGAUCAAGAUCGGUUAAUUGAUUCUUUAAGAUCACAUUCUAUAGAUUCUAAAAAUUUUGAUCAUCCAAAUUCAAUUGAAAAACAAGAAAAUGAUAAAUCAGAUAAAUUUUUUGAUGAUGAAGAUUAUGAACAAAAGAAUUUUUCAAAAAAUGAACAAAAUGGACAAAAUGGACAAAAUGAACAAAAUGAACAAAUACAAAAUACUCCUAUAUAUAAUAUUACUAUGAAUGAGAUUAUUAAAAGAUAUAUUACAAAAAUUAAAUCUCAAAAUCUUCAACAAGAACAAGAAAAGGAUUUAAAAAAAUUGAAACAACAAGAAAUAGAUCAAGAAAUAGAUCAAGAAAUAGAUCAAGAAAAUCAAGAAAAUCAAGAAAAUCAAGAGGAACGAGAAAUCAUUUGUAAUUCCAUUAAUAAGAGAUCCAAAGAUCAAAAUGAUAUUUUAAUCGAUUCAUUUAAUAAUUCUUUAAAUUCAGAAAAUCAAGGAAUUAAAGAAAUUAUUUCGGCACAACUUCAUAUUAAAAUUCAACAAAUUAUUACUCGAAGAGAAAAUUCUAGUUUGGGACUUAAAUUAAAACAUUUUAGAGUUUUAGAAAAAUCUUUUACAAUUGAUGAUUUCGUUCAAUAUACUAAAACAAAUUAUUUUAAUUCUUUGGAUGAUAAACCUAAAGAAGUUUUAAAUUAUCUUAUUGAUUUAACCUUAUCAAAUGAAUUUGAUCAAGAAGAAAAUUUAAUACUUUCUCAAAAUUUAGAAGAAUAUAUUAAUAGAGGUAUUAUACCAAAAUUACCUUCAAUAUAUAAUAAUUAUACUGAAUAUGAGAAAAGUAAACUUUUUAAAAAAUUAAGUAAAAAUAUGAAAAAGAGGGUUAGAAAAUUAAUUAUAUUAGAGAAAAGUGAGAAAAGUGAAAAUUUAACAUUAAAUUCUAAAACAAAUAAUAAUGCAAAGAAAGGAUAUAUAUUUUCAAAUGGAAAAGCAUAUAGAUUACUAUAG